AUGGACAUACCUAUAAACAGUCUCCCGAACGGGGCAAAAGGUCUCAUGGGCGAUUCCUUCGUACGUAGCGACAGUGCAUAUUCGUCAACAAUGCUCAACACACAAGCAAUAUCUCACUCACCGUCCAACCAACCGAUACUUGAGGCAAGCCAGCCUGAAGCGAUCAAUCGGGGAGUCACCCAAUUCUCAGAAAAUGAGUCAGGAGAUGCGGUGGAUUCGAUGGAAGGACUCGAUAGUAUAGAAGUUUAUGUGGAUGAAAGUGGUGGUGAAGAGCAAUCGUCCUUGGCGGAUGACGGCAUAGCGGGAAGACAGGAAGAUGGCCGCAAGACAUUGCACGUUGCGGACCACGAUGCCGCCAUCGACUCUUUCGGUUCUUCCAUUUCCGUUGUCACGGAACCCUCAGAAGCAUCCUCGUCAUCCAUCGUCUCAAGUAAAGCUACAACGCCGAUAGAAACGGAAUUUGCAAGGUUUCAACAAGGUGAUAAAGUGAGCCAACGACUUGCACCGAGAGCCUACCACCGUAGUCACGAACGACUGAACUUUACGGUCCGACCCAAAUCGUCGAUUCCCACAGAUAUUCCAGUUCAACAACACGCCACUGAGUGCCUUGAUGCUGCAGAGUCAUCCAGAUUAAAUCCAUAUGCCUUACACCCGGAAGAGUAUCACCUCCUGCGAUAUCACAUCUCUCACAGCCAAGUUACAACGUAUCUGAACAUAAGGAAUGCCAUCUUGCGUAUCUGGUUACAAAAGCCAUGGGCUAGUGUAUCAAGACAAGCAGCGGUUGGCUGCGCAAAUGCAAGGUGGUUUGAUGCCGCAAAUGUGUGCUAUGACUGGCUUGUUCGCAGAGGAUACAUUAAUUACGGUUGUGUCAAGCUGCCUGAGCCAUCUGUGGCGAAGAGUAAGCGACCAUCAAAUGGUAGAAAGCAGAGGAAAAUAGCCGUAAUUGGCGCCGGUGUUUCGGGUUUGGCAUGUGCCAGGCAACUGGAAGGGCUCUUUAAGCAGUAUGCGGAAAGAUUCUAUGACAUGGGUGAAGAUAUCCCAAUGGUGGUUAUCCUCGAGGGACGAAGUCGCGUUGGCGGCAGGGUAUAUUCUCGGGAAUUCAAGACAAAGCUUGAUAAACGAAGAAAGCCAGAUUUCGAAGCUAAGAGACAUACAGCAGAAAUGGGAGGAAUGAUCAUAACUGGCUUUGAGCGUGGCAAUCCCAUCAACGUCUUAGUUCGGGGACAACUCGGUCUGCCGUAUCAUGCUCUAACGGCUGAAACCACCAUCUAUGACAGCAAUGGUAAGCCCGUAGACCCAGUUCGAGACGAGCUAGUGGAAAAGCUUUACAACGAUUGCUUGGAGCGGGUUAGUGAGUUCAAGUUCAAACCGCAGCCCUCAAAAUUGAUUGAGGGGAACCAUGACCUCCUCGAUGAAGGACGUGAUAGCCCAGGAGAUGGAAGCAAAACGAUAUUGCAAGCGGAAGAAGCAACGGCAGCACUGCCAGACGCGCCGUCAGUUUCCCAGCAGAACGUUCCGGACAAGGUCAACCUCGUUCCAGUAUCUGCGGACAAGCUGACUGGCCGAGUACACAAUCAACCAGGUGUCCCAGCGUCUGAAAAGGUCGCGGAAAAGGCAAGAAUGAUGGGCUGGAGCCUCAAGUCGGGAGCUAGCGAAGACUUUGGUCUGAAUCUUGAGGACGCUGUAUCCCGAGAGGGAUCGACGCUGGGGUCGGCAGUCGACCAUGGAAUCACUCGAUACAAGGAUUUGGUUGAUCUGACACCACAGGACUUUCGCCUAUUCAACUGGCAUGUUGCCAAUUUGGAGUACAGCAACGCUACAAAUCUGCAUAACCUAAGUCUCAAGUUGUGGGAUAUUGAUGCCGGAAACGAAUGGGAGGGGAACCACACCAUGGUCGUUGGCGGUUACCAAAGUGUCGCCCGUGGACUGCUUCAGUGUCCCACGCCUCUUGAUGUAUCUACUAAAUUCGCGGUCAAGAGCAUCAGGUAUCACAACACAAGCUUUGGUGGCUCGGCAACAAUCGAAUCGGAAGACGGCGUCACGGUACAUGCCGACAAUGUUGUUUGCACCAUGCCUCUAGGUGUCCUCAAACAAGGAAAUGUCAGCUUUGAACCCCCACUGCCUGAUUGGAAGACCGGCGCAAUAGAUCGCCUGGGGUUCGGAAUUCUGAACAAAGUCGUGCUUGUGUACAAGGAGAUAUUUUGGGAUCCGGAUCGACACAUCUUUGGAGUAUUGAGAAACGCCACCAAUAGGCACAGCACAUCACAAGAAGACUAUUCCCUCAACCGUGGUCGCUUCUUCCAGUGGUUCAAUGUUACCAACACAACAGGACUUCCAUGCCUUAUUGCCCUCAUGGCUGGCGAUGCCGGCUUUGAAACCGAACGCUCCAGCAAUGACAGUCUGGUCGAGGAAGCCACACAAAUCCUACGGGGUGUAUUUGGAAGCAAGGUUCCGUAUCCCGUCGAGUCUGUAAUCACGCGCUGGGGUUCCGACCGCUUUGCCAGAGGAAGCUACUCCUCCGCCGCUCCGGGAAUGAAACCAGACGACUACGACAGCAUGGCCAGAUCAAUUGGCAACCUCAGCUUUGCGGGUGAACACACCAUUGGCACACACCCGGCCACUGUUCACGGCGCCUACCUGUCGGGCCUGCGGGCAGCAUCCGAGAUUCUAGACGGCAUACUGGGGCCUAUUGAGGUCCCCACGCCCCUUAUCCUUCCAAAGGACUCGCUCCUCUUGCAAAAGCGCAAAGAAGCUGCCAAAGACCCUCGGCAGGCCCGUUUAGAAGCAUACGAACUCGAAAUCUGGGAUCACAUUCGAGAUAAAAUCGGCGAGCGUCCUACUCGCCCCAACAAAGUCGCAGGAAAUGCAUACCUUCUCUACAGCAAGGCACACCUAGAGGAAGCUCGCAAACGAUGCGAAGAGAACCGUAAACCAGGAAAGGGGCGCAGCAUUCCCAACGAGGUACGCAUCAUGACAUCCAAAAUGUGGAAAGACACCACCCCGGAGCAGCGACAGCCAUACGAAGAACAAGCCGCAGAGCAAAAGAGAGCAUACAAUGAGGCUCUGCAGGUAUUCAAUGAAAUAGCCCAUGAAUGGGACCAAAAGGCCAUUUCCCUACGCGCCGAAUACGAGAGGGAUCAUCCUAGCGUUCCCAGGCCAGAGGAACUACGUGAGCAGCAAGGGACGCCUAAUAAAUACCGACGCGCAAAGCAGGUCAGUUAUGCUGAGGACCGUGACACCACGGAUAUGGACUUGUAA